AUGGCUAAGCCCAUUGCACGCUCAAAGUCCAUGACGCUAAAGCGUUCCAAACGCACUAGCUACCUGGCUCAGCCCCUUCCGGGAUCUGAUCCCCACGUUCUCAAUGCCGCCGCCAUGUCUCACAACGACCUCCGCACCGUAGAGAGGAUGCCCCCAAAGCGCGCCGACAGUGGUACAGCUUCAGCUUCCGGCGACGAAAUCCCCCGCCCCAGGACUGCCAACAGCGCCAUCGACCGGAGCAGGCCUCUCCGCACCACCGGUGCCCCCAUCCAGAUCCAGCACGACGAACAGACCUUUGACUUCCCCACACCUUCGCCGGAAGCCGUCAACCACUCCAGGGAAAGGCUCCAGCGGGACCUGACUGCGCCUAUUGGAAUGGCCCUCGGCAGCCCCAACCAGACGAAUGCAAAUGCGUGGAAGCAGUCGCACCCUGCUGAAUUCCAGGAUGCAAGUGCAGACACCAACUCCGCUAACGUAGACGCCGCCAACGAUGCCGACGUUCCUCCAGCUGCGAACCCUACCGCCGGUGACGGGAAGAAGCCCAAGAUCAGCAGGUGGAAGUCGCUGUUCGGCAGGCGUCCUGCCGAUAAACCACCCGCCACCCCUGCCCCCUUCUAUCAACUGCAGAUGCCUGCCCCGCAAAAUCCAGCUGUGCCCGUGACGCCUGCAAGAAAAGGCUCUCAUGGCGAUGCUAUUGCCAGCCAGGCUUCUUUGGCAGACAAUGAAAAGAGCAAGGGUGGUAAGGGCGAGGAAAAGAAAGCCAGGACCAGGUUGAGGAGCAAGAGCAGCGCCGCUGCGGAGGCUCGUUUACCACCACUGGAUCCACCCAAGAUGCCAACCAUGGACUUGGACCAAGGAAGCCCAAAGAAAGAGCCACUCAAGAAAAAGCCGUCGCGCUUCUUCGGUCACAAGGAACCCAGGCCACAGGUUACUCGGGCUGAUACAAGCCCUAUGUUGAAUGUCGACAUUCCCACCAUCGAGAUGGAACGGUACAGCGUCAUGUUUGGAAGCUUGCUCAAGGGAGACCGCCAGUCGAACCUACUCCUUCGGCGCCAGGGCAACGAUAGGCUAAAGCCGCUCAACUCGGACUGUCUGAGGAUGGCUGACCAGGGCCUGACGGAUGAACAGGGUGAAGAUGAGCUGCCCAAGCCAAUCCGUCGUGCUACCUCUCCAGCAACACCAACGUUCCAGACGCCCACUUUGAACCUUUCGCUAUUCCCGCGCGACUCAAUGAGCGGUUCGCGCUCAAAUUCUCCAGCCCCUGUGCAUGCACAAAGCCCCGCUCGUACCCAGAGUCCUGCCCCCAAGAACCUUAACCUUCCGAAGCCUCAACAUAGACUCCAGCGCUCCUUUACUGCUCCUGCCUCCCCGGGCCGUCCCACUUUCAACUUUGAUGUCAACGAUUCUCAGGCCGAGAAGCAGAAGCCGGUCGUUGCCACAAACAUUACCGAGGAGCCUGAGAACACUGAAGAGAUCUGCAUCGGGGUCCGCCAGAACGAUCUCAUCUCGCAUGCUUUCAGUGAUUCCACUCGGGACAGCCAGGCGAGCUUGGAGAGCGCUGAGAGCGGUGAUGCGGCAAUUAGGUUAAAGGAAUCGAAAUACAACAACAAAGUGGACGUGAGCGGCUGGGAAAUGGUCUCAAAGAAGCAGCCGGAUUUGCAAGUGCAAACCGCUGUUUCGCAGGAUGCUGGCAGUGCCCUUAGUCUGCAGAGCCAGAGUCCGUUGAGCAGCUUGAGCGGACAGAGUGUGGCUCAAGCCAAGGAAAGCGUCGCCAGGCAAAAUUCACUUCGGGAGAAGCAGCGUCGGGAAAGGGGAUUUACCCACACGCAAUCACCAACUACGCAACCUGAGACUCCCGUCGCGGCUCCCUCACCAAGGAAUGAUCAACGGGGCCGCAAGCCUUCUUACACUUCUUCUCCUGGUUCGGAUAACCACCAGGGCGAGCAGGCCCGUGACAAGGAUGCAGAGAUGAUGCUUGAGCAGCAGCGCCAGUUCCGCGAACGGAAGCAGAAGCAGAAGGAGGAACAAGCUCAACAGCCACAGCAGAACUUUUCCGGGCCGAGACGCCAACCGACGCUGAAGGAGCGUGCCGAAGAAGUGCAGAACGCCAAUCGCGUCGCGAUCGCCCGGCAGGUAUCGAUCAGCCGCCAGCGCGCGCAGCAGGAGAUGCUACGUGCGCAGAAAUCCGGAGCCGGGGGCCACAACGCCACCAACGGCAUCGGCAGCACGACCAUCAGCAGCAACCAGAAGAACACCAAAUUCACUCCCUCCGACCACAACAGCCAGAAUUCCAGCCCUAAGCCAACCGCUCCUUCCAUUGUCAUCCCUGAGGAUGAACCCAAGCCCAAGCUUGCGCGCCAAGAAUCGCUGCGACGUGCAGGCCGCAAUGCCGGCCCAACGACCAUGGUUGUUCAAAGUCCGACUGGCGAGCGUCUCGUUGAGAAGCGUACGCUCACGCCCGUUCUUGUCGAUAUCCCGAACCGCAAGAGCGUUGUUGGGAACAUUGUCGACGAGUGA